AUGUCACUGACACAGAGAAACGCAGGCAAGGACAUGGCACCGCUUCUCAGGCCGCGGCAGAGCUUGUCGGCCGAGCGGUUCUCGCCCUACUUCACCAAUCUCAAGAGCCAGCCGUACAACGAUCCCAACUCUAGGACGGGGGGAUCGAACAACUUGCGCUCGAUUGCAUGGAAUCCUGUAGGGACGCUGGUCGCCACCGGGUCUACCGAUAAGACCUUGCGAGUUUGGAACCCGGAGAAGCCUCACAUCAAGUUCUCAACUGAGCUGAAAGGCCACUUGGGAUCGGUGGAGAAGGUCGCCUUCAAUCCCACCAAGGACGCUGAGCUCUGCAGCAUCAGCAGCGACGGCGUCGCCAAGUUCUGGGACGUGAGGACCAAGGCUUGCUUCAACGAGGUCAAGGGGCUGGGGGAGGCCUUCACAUUGGCAUGGGCGCCGGACGGCCAGACGCUGAUUGUGGGCAACAAGACGAAUCAGAUUGCCUUCUGCUGGAGUGGAGAGAAGAUAUUCUUGACCACGAGCGAGGGGCGCAUCCGCAUUCUGUCCUAUCCCAAUUUCGAACCAGUCCUACGGGUCGCGUACGGCGACAACGAGGAGUUCCAACUAAGCGGGCACACGUCAUCAUGCCUCACGGCUGAGCUCCAGCCCACGGGGCGGUACCUGGCGACUGGAGGCUCCGACUCGAUCAUCGCGCUCUGGGACACGCGCCGGUGGCUCUGUCAAAGGACGAUCACGAGCAUGGUCGGGCCGGUGAGAAGUAUCAGUAUGUAUCCCCCUCCCCCAUUCGUCUUCUGGUACUUCACACAAUUGUGUUCGACCGCUAACCGUGCGUUGCCAAAAACGUCAGGCUUCACAUUCGACGGCAGCUUCGUCGUGGGAGGCAGUGACGAGGGAUCUGGCCUCGAGGUGACGCACACGGAGACGGGAGAGAAGAUCCACACCUUUAAGACGGCGGGAUCGUGCCCGGUGGUGGCGUGGGCGCCUACGAGGUACUGGCUUGCUUACAGCGACCUGGGGGUCUUGCGGAUCAUCGGCAUAGAUGAUAAAAAGUAG